AUGGAUGAGAAGAACAAAUUGAAGAAAUUAUUAACAGAGAGUUAUGAAUACAUCAGAUGUGAAAUAGAAGGCAAUAGACUCGAGAAUGUUAUUUCACUCAUGGACUCGCUAUCAGCAUCAUUCAAGUUGCCAAGAACAGAAUAUGACAGGUCUGGAUGCACACCUUAUAACAAAGAAGUAUCAGACACAUACAACCUUGAUGAAUAUGUCAAUGCGUCGUUUGUUCCUACUGCUGGGACAUUAUAUAUAGCUGCUCAGAAUCCACUGGAUAACAAAAAGGAUGUCUUCAUAUAUCUACUGAUAAAAUCAAACACAAGAUUGGUUGUGUCAUUGAUAAAUGAUACAAAAUACUUUGAUGAAGAGUGCUUGCAUGAGCGAAAGAUAGUCGAGUUUGAAGGAAGAGAGAUAUUUGUCGAUGAAGUUUACGCGAUCAAAGACAAACUGAUAAGGAGACUGAGAUACAUAAACUGGGUUGACUUUUCAGUCCUGCCUCCUGAUGAGAUGGACUUUUUCCAUAGAUACUUUGAUGCAAUCCGUACAGAAACUGUUCUUGUACAUUGCAUUGCAGGAGUAGGAAGAACUGGGACAUUCAUUAUGUAUGAUAUUUUGAAGAAGGCAGAAGCACUCACACUGGACAUGUUCAUAAACACAUUUAUAUGCCUCAGAAGUCUUCGUGCACAUCUGGUAACAAACAAAGUCCAGCUUGAGUUUCUUAAGAAUACCUUCUUGGCCAACAACCACAACCAUGAUAUGAAAAUCAAUACAGAACCACAACAAACAUCAUUUAAUUCUUCGCCUUGA